CUUUAAAUGGGUGACUAGCGGGUGUCUGUCUGACUGAUAAAACAGCGACUGAAGAGCAACAGAACGGGAACUGAUCGCCUCCAGAAACACAAAGGCACUUCACGACCAACGCUAUGGGCAUCAAACUGUAUUACACCACCGUGACUGCAUCGAGAGAGGUCAAGUCUCAGCAGGCCGAGGUCAUGCGUAUUCUGGAAAGUAAGAGCAUCAAGUAUGAGUUGAUUGACAUCUCGGUGGGUGGUGAUGUUCGGGAUGAGAUGAGGAGUAAAUCAGGCAACCCCACGGCAAUCCCACCUCAGAUAUUCAAUGAAGACCAGUACUGUGGGAACUACGAGAUGUUUUCUGAGGCGGUGGAGGCAGACACAGUGGAACAGUUUCUGAAGAUUGCAUGAGGAGCCAAACCUGGUAGCAACCAUCAUCCUCUUCCCUUCCCUGCUCCAUGUCCACAUUCCCAAAGUGAAGCCUGCCUGUCCCCCUCUGCUCCGCCGGCAACGCCUGCCUUCGGUGUCUCAAUGCCAUGCCACAUGCCAAACACAAUCAACAGAAAAGCACACACUGGCUCUGUACCACCAUAUUUACCCUCAAACUGAGACCCUUCUACUCUUUCAUUCCUUCAUUCAUUUGUUUUAAGGAUCCUCUUGUGUCCUCUUUGGUUCUGACUCCUUAAACGCCACUAAUUUGUCUUAAUCUUGUUUGGAUCUGAGCUCUUGGAUGUGUAGUAAUUAGGUCACCUAAUCUGGGCAGCAACCCUAUGUUUAUAUGCACAGUCCAAGAAACACAGCAAUCAUUUAGUGUCCAGUAGGUGAAUCAGAUCGGCCUUCAUAUAUUCCCACUUUUAAUGCUGAUAAAUCAUUUAGAAAAGGUUAACUCUCCAUGGGCGGAAAUUUAUUAUGUGUUGGUACCUUAAAAACACGCCCUAAUUUCCAGCAUGAUGUGAACCAGCUGCAUCAGAUCCUAUUUUAAGCACACUGCUUUGUAUUGUGUGUUUUAGCAGGCAAUCCACAGGUAUGCUCUCGAAGACAGAUUUCCAUUUAACAUUCCCAAAGUCAGGGACUGAAAAACGGUCCAUUGCAUCAAACGGUGCCAAUAAAUGUCUGUACGAAUGUG